AUGGCUCCUCAGCUACGGACAUUGUCCUCCUCCACUCCUCCAUGGCCUGUUGUUUUGUUAUAUAUUGGUUGGUUUGUUUGCAGCUCUAGAUGUGCUGGACACAGGACUGCUAGAGGACCUCCAUCAUGGCUCCUCAACUACGGACAUUGUCCUCCUCCACUCCUCCAUGCUCUAGAUGUGCUGGACACAGGACUGCUUGAGGACCUCCAUCAUGGCUCCUCAGCUACGGACAUUGUCCUCCUCCACUCCUCCAUGAUCUGUUCUCUAGAUGUGCUGGACACAGGACUGCUAGAGGACCUCCAUCAUGGCUCCUCAGCUACGGACAUUGUCCUCCUCCACUCCUCCAUGAUCUGUUCUCUAGAUGUGCUGGACACAGGACUGCUAGAGGACCUCCAUCAUGGCUCCUCAGCUACGGACAUUGUCCUCUUCCACUCCUCCAUGGCCUCUCUAGAUGUGCUGGACACAGGACUGCUAGAGGACCUCCAUCAUAGCUCCUCAGCUAGCUCUAGAUGUGCUGGACACAGGACUGCUAGAGGACCUCCAUCAUGGCUCCUCAGCUACGGACAUUGUCCUCCUCCACCCCUCCAUGGUCUGUUGUUUUGUUAUCUAUUGGUUGGUUUGUUUGCAGCUCUAGAUGUGCUGGACACAGGACUGCUAGAGGACCUCCAUCAUGGCUCCUCAGCUACGGACAUUGUCCUCCUCCACUCCUCCAUGAUCUCUCUAGAUGUGCUGGACACAGGACUGCUAGAGGACCUCCAUCAUGGCUCCUCAGCUACGGACAUUGUCCUCCUCCACUCCUCCAUGGCCUUGAUGAGGCGGCUGCUUGUUGACGCUCAGGCGAAAUUCCGUAGAAUGGUGGAUGAAAAUCGCUCAGUAGCGACUCGGAUUGAUGGAGAGAUUCGUCAGGCCCAUGAGGAGAUGGCAGCGUUGCGAGAAGAGCUGGCUGACACAAGCAGACGGCUCGGAGAGCAGCUCAAUGGUACCAUAAUCAGUACUCCGACCAUCAUCAAUGGCAACUCCGCUCUCAACGGCAACAAGACCGCGACCUCAGAGAGUUCCGAGGUCUCGUCUCACCACACCCUGACCUCGGUUACGUCUACAUCCUCGGGUGACGGGGCAUCGGGUCGACCUGACCUAACCGCCUCACCACUCAAACUCAACUCCCCGCUGAAAAUCAGACUGGACAAUCUAUCACCCAAGGAACCUGAGUUUCCCCUUAGUCAAACCAACGGUGAAAGUAUAUGUGGCAAAGUUACCGAGAAAGUUAAAGAUGAGGAGUCGGAAGACUCGGAAAUGGUCAACGGGGAGAACAAAGAAAGACAGCUGAUCAGACCUCCGUCACCCAUCCCUGGGCCGAGCAACAAGCCGGACUUUGGUGAACUCUUAGCCUCAAGCAAAGUUGCAGCUGGACCAAGUAGCAGCAAUUUGACCACAAGAUUGAGGCUAGAAAAUGAUAAACUUAAGAGAGAGGUGUCGGAGUUACGUAAGCUGGUGACAGCGUCCGGGGCCCCGACCCCUCCACCCGCACCCGCACAGACACCUCCUCCCCCCGCCAUGCCUGACCUAGAGUCGCUCUCCGACCCAGAGAAGGUUCUGGCUUUGGAGGCAGAACUCACUAACACCAGGGACGCGCUGAACAAUUCCAAAGCCGAUCGGAAGAAACUAAAAGCUGAGAAAUUGGAUUUACUAAAUCAAAUGAAACAACUCUACGCUACUCUAGAAGACAAAGAGAAUGAACUGCGAGACUUUAUAAGAAGCUUUGAACAGAGGAUGAGAGAAAGUGAAGAGGCUCUAGUGAGAGAGAGGGAGGAGCGAGAAAGAGAAAGAUGGAGUCUGUUACGACAUGCUCGUGAUGAAGCCGAGCGGAGUCUCAGUUUAGCAGCGCAGCUCGACCUCAAGGACCAACAACUGAUGGAGGCCCGCCGUCAGUUGUCUGCCGCUGGUUGUUUGAGUGACCAAGAAUCGCUGGCAUCUGUCUCUGUGUCGCGGGGUGUCAACGGGGGUGGUGUGACGCCGACAGCUCCUCCUACGACAGGGCUGGCUCCCGCGGCAGGGGACAGGGGAAGCUGUAGUGCAGACAGCGGGGUACGAGGCAGUAGUGACAGAGAGAGUGGGGGGGCUACUUCCGCAGGGGGGAACUUAUCUGACUCUACAACUGACGUCACAACGCCAAAGGACUGCAGUAGUCCGUCUCUCUCUCCGCUCAACGCUCAUUCCUUCUCUCGCUCACUCGACACCGGAACUCUCUCCAGGUCUGUAGAACAACUAAGUACCCCAGUUCUGGAGGCUGAGCCCGUACGUCGUGGCAAGCCUGGACGGGGCAGCGGGGGGAGGAGCGGGGUGGGGGGCACCUGGGGCUCCAUCUCUAGAGUGUUCGCCAGGAGCAGACAUCGCAAAGUGUCCAGCCCCAAUAGUCAGGACGAUUCCGUAUGUGACGUGUAUGGGCGCAGCUGGUCUCCGUUGACGGAGGAAGGCUACGCAGAGAAGCUGCGGUUGCUGCGCGAGGCUGCGUCUGUGCCGAUGGAACGGUGGCGCGCACCGACAGUGCUGGCGUGGCUAGAGAUAGCUCUCGGCAUGCCACAGUACGGCCCUCGCUGCGCCGAGAACGUAAAGUCUGGCAAGGUUCUGCUGGAGCUGAGUGACUUGGAGCUGGAGGUGGGGCUGGGCAUUACACAUCCGAUGCAUCGCAAGAAGCUAAGACUGGCUAUAGAGGAGCACCGACACCCCACACUGGUCAGAUACCCCUGCAUAGCCCAGCUAGGCCACACCUGGGUGUCUAGUGAGUGGCUGCCCGACCUGGGACUGGCGCAGUACUCUGAGAGUUUUGCUGCCAACAUGGUCGAUGCUCGGAUGCUGGAUCAUCUAAGCAAAAAAGAGUUAGAAAAAUAUCUUGGAGUUACCAGAAAGUUUCACCAGGCUUCCAUUGUUCACGGGAUACAUUUGUUGCGCAUGAUGAAAUACGACCGACAGGCCUUGGCUGUGCGCAGACAUCAGUGUGAGAAUAUUGACGGAGACCCUCUAGUGUGGACCAAUCAGAGGUUUAUAAGAUGGGCGAGGAACAUUGACCUGGGAGAGUAUGCAGAUAACCUCAAAGACAGCGGAGUCCACGGUGCGUUGGUGGUGCUAGAACCGUCGCUAAGUGGAGAUACAAUGGCCACUGCGCUAGGGAUCCCUCCUUCCCGUCACAUGAUCCGACGCCACCUCACCACCGAACUUGAGGCCCUUGUACUACCCGCCAGAGCAACAUUCGUUCACUUGAUGAGAACUGCGGAGGUAGAUCGACGUAGGUCCGAGCGGCUGUCCAGUGAAGGUUCCCCCUCCCUACCACUUCCCCUCUCCUCCCCCCUCCAUGAGCCGAUCUACGCAACGAUAGACAGAGACAGAGAGAGGGACAAGCGUCGAGCUAGCCUCAGAACGUACAGUUUGCUGUAUUUGAAAAAGUUUUCAUCCUGGAGGAGUUCUCAGGGUACUCUCAGUCGAGCGUUCGGACUGAAGUCUCGCUCAGAAGACCGAGAGAGAGUGAGAGACGACUUCCAUCUUGCUCCUCCCCCCUCUCCCCCCUCGGAGACUUGCUCCAUGGUCAUCUGUCGGCCAGGAUCGCCACCGGUCAGAAGGAGGCCAGUUCGAAGACAUCGCAGAGUGAAAAGCAUCGGAGACAUUGAUACUCUUACGGUUACUCCUGUUUAACAUUUUAGCAAAAUAGUUUUUACUAAUCUGUGUCAACAAUCUUUUCCUCCCCCAGCCAAUGCAACAACCCUGACUGAUAAUGCUUAUUCUUCUUUCAAAAGUAGCAAAGG